AACGACAUCAUCAGCAUAACACAGAUGAUCACGGCGGCCAAACAGAUGCUCCCUCCACCCCUGAAGGAAGUAAUGAUAUGAAACCCUUCACUCCACAAGGACAAGCUACCAGGAAAAGAUUUUCAAGUAUUUCGUUUGGAAUGAAUCAUGCAAGAAGGCCACGCUUGGCACAGUUCGCAUCCAAAUUAGCAGCCAAGACACUCGAGCCUCCAGGUCCAAAGAUCGAAACUUGGGAAGAUUUGUUGAAUACCGGCGAGAAGAAGGGAGCAAACCAACGUGGGGGGAACAAGUAUUCCGUCAAAUUAAGUCGUCGUGGCACAGCCACAGCAACACACCACCCCACCACUAAUGAACAAGUCCCACCAUGGAACAUGAUUCAACAAACUGAGAAAACGAUUCAAGAGCGAAGGAAGAUGGCUUUGCUUGGAAGCACAAACAAGCGAACGGCCGAGGACGUUUUAAACGACAUUCGAAUCGACUUCGCUCGAUUGCAAAAAGAAAUAUCAAAAGAAAUGCAUGAAGAAUUACAAAGACAACGAUUGGAGCAAUUCCAAUUGGUCCAGAAUAAGUUCCACACCAUCACAUUUGGACCAAUCACAAACCUUGCCUUAGAUAAGAUGAGAUCGGACGCUCAAGCUUUGUCGAAAGAUCGGAAAGAAAAUCUAAUGAAGCCGAUGGUUUGGUUUAUCAGUUUGAAAAGUGAAAUGACGAAAGAGACCAAGAAUCGUAACGAGACGAUUAAUUGUGUGCUGAAAAAAGUUGCGAGAUUCCAGUUUGAAGAUGACCACUCGAUGGCGUUAGCUAAAGAGAAAUUAUGUUUGAUUAUAAUGUCGAUGCCCGCACACAUUCUACUUACAACUGCGAUGACAGACGCGAUUCGAUUCUUGCUCCAUCGUGUGUUGGCUGCUCCACCCGAACUUCUCGACUGUUGGCUUCACGCAAGAAAGUUAAACGUCGUCAGCUCAGUCCUUCGGUCUGGAAGAAUAUCUUAAGAUUUAGGACAAUGUUUAAAUCGGGAAUCCUUUUUUUUUAAAUAUAUAGAA